GGCCAGCAGUUCACUUCCGGCCGGCUGCUGAGAGGGUGAGGGUGUAGCGCCCGAACGGGUGAGAGCGCUUGCAUUGUCCACAAGAGCGGCGGCAGCUCGCAAUGGCGACGAACCCCGGCCCCUUGACCGAGUGGCCAUGGAAGAAGCUCGGCAACUUCAAGUACCUGCUUGUGGCGCCGUGGGUUCUGCACGGGUGGUACCUGGCGGCGACCAAGGGGUGGCGCGCGGCGGACCCGGGGUACCUGGCCAUCUUCCCGUCGCUGCUCCUCCGGGCGGCCCACAACCAGGCGUGGAUCACGGCGUCCCGCGUGCAGAACGCGCGGAGCCGGCGGCAGAUCGUGGCGGACAGGGGCAUCGAGUUCGAGCAGGUGGACCGGGAGCGCAACUGGGACGACCAGAUCCUCCUCAGCGGCAUCCUCCUCUACCUGGGCGCCCUCUACAUGCCCGGCGGCCAGCACCCGCCGCUCUGGCGCGCCGACGGCUUCCUCCUCAUCGCGCUGCUCCACGCCGGGCCCGUCGAGUUCCUCUACUACUGGUUCCACCGCGCGCUGCACCACCACUUCCUCUACACGCGAUACCACUCCCACCACCAUUCCUCCAUCGUCACAGAGCCAAUCACAUCCGUCAUCCAUCCAUUUGUUGAGCUCGUGGCUUAUGAAGUGCUGUUCGCGAUCCCAUUGAUCACAUGCGCCUUGACAGGAACUGCUUCAAUCCUUGCAUUCGAGAUCUAUGUUAUCUACGUCGACUUCAUGAACAACAUGGGUCACUGCAACUUCGAACUGGUGCCAAGUUGGCUCUUCAAGUGGUUCCCUCCUCUCAAGUAUCUAAUGUACACACCCUCGUUCCAUUCUCUUCACCACACACAGUUCAGGACAAACUACUCCCUGUUCAUGCCAUUCUAUGAUUACAUAUAUAACACCAUGGACAAGUCAUCGGAUGCGCUGUAUGAGAAAUCACUGAAGGCCAAAGAGGACACAGUAGAUGUGGUUCAUCUUACCCAUCUUACCAGCCUGCAGUCCAUUUAUCAUAUGAGGCCCGGGUUUGCUGAAUACGCUUCCAAGCCUUACACUUCCAAGUGGUACAUGCGGAUGAUGUGGCCUGUAUCAUGGCUUUCCAUGGUUCUGACAUGGACAUACGGGACUUCAUUCGCUGUUGAGAGGAACAUCAUGAAGAAACUCAAGAUGCAGUCAUGGGCCAUUCCGAGAUACAGUUUCCAUUACGGAUUGACUUGGGAGAAGGAAGCGAUCAACAACCUAAUCGAAAAGGCAAUAUGUGAAGCUGACAAGAAAGGCGCUAAAGUUGUUAGCCUCGGACUCCUUAACCAGGCACAUAGCCUCAAUGGAAAUGGAGAACUUUAUCUGCGGAAGUACCCAAAGUUGGAGGUUCGACUUGUAGAUGGCACCAGCUUAGCUGCUGCGGUGGUUGUGAACAGUAUUCCCCAAGGCACAUACCAAGUUGUUCUUGCAGGAAAUAUUUCAAAGGUUGCUCGUGCUGUCACUGCAGCAUUGUGCAAGAAGAAUGUCAAGGUAGUAAUGACAAACAAGCAGGAUUAUCAUUUCCUUAAGCCCAACAUGCCAGAAGAUGCAGCUGAGAACCUUUUGUUUUCAAAGACACCUACUGCAAAGUUGUGGUUAAUUGGGGAAGGUCUAGAUGCUUCUGAGCAAUUCAAGGCACAGAAAGGAACCCAGUUUAUCCCAUAUUCCCAGUUUCCACCAAAAAUGGUACGCAAGGACAGCUGCACUUACUCAUCAACUCCUGCAAUGUCUGUGCCAAAAACGCUACAGAAUGUGCACUCUUGCGAGAAUUGGUUACCGAGGAGGGUCAUGAGUGCCUGGCGCAUUGCUGGAAUGGUUCAUGCAUUGGAGGGAUGGAACGAGCAUGAGUGUGGGGACAGUGUGCUAGACAUGGAGAAAGUAUGGUCUGCUGCUCUUCUGCAUGGUUUCCGCCCUAUUGCUCAAGUUUGAUUCCCCAAUUGCAGUUGCAAGGCAAUGCAAUAAGUUCUCAUGGGAGCUAUGCUACAGACAUAGUAGGGUGUUGAUGUUCUAUUUCUCCCCCUCUAUUUCUUAUCGAUUGCGACCUUUUGGCUAUCCAUAUAAGUAUAUAGUCAAGACGAACUCUUUUAUCAGCACAAAACCUUUCCGCUGAAGUGGAGAAAAUGCAUUUCAAUAUGGAUAAGCAGGGAUGGGAUGUAGCAUAUAAGUAUUCUGAUCUAUCAUAGCUAGCUGUUUACUACGUUUCUCCAUCCAUCAAUGUGUAAUUCUACAAUAAGCAAGUAUGGAAAUUGUUGUUGCUUGUUGUAUGCAGAGGUGUCAAUGUCAGAUUUGGUCCAA